AUGGUAGCAGCCUCUGGUAUCUUCCCAGGGCUUCUCAUGGCCCACGCUGUGGUUGUCACGCAAGAAGGUCCCGCGUCACAUUCCAGCUAUUCGGGAUUUAACUUUCAACCUGGCCCUCAUCACCACCACCUGAUCAGUCUGUCUGACAGGGACGGGGCUGGGUCACGACUGUCUGGAGAACUGCCCUGGAAUAUCUUCCCUCUGAAGAAGGCGGACAGGGAAGUGGUUCAGUGUGGCUACAGACCUGCCUUUCCAAACUCAUCAUGGCUGCUCUUCCGCGAAUUGCUGAAUUCCCGUGGCAAAUUAGAAAUGGCAGUAGUAAAUGUCACUGUGGUCAUAGGAGCCAAAACACUCAGCAGCACCCACUUGGAGAGAAAGCAAGUACAGAAGAUCAUUAUUCACAAAGACUACAAGCCACCCUCCCUCGACAGCGACCUCUGCUUGCUCCUGCUCGCCACGCCAGUGGAGUUCACCAGCUUAAAAAUGCCCAUCUGCCUGCAGGAGAAGGAGAGGGUCUGGGACAGGUGCUGGAUGGCAGAGUGGGUGCCGACUGCUAUGCAUGGCCCAUCCGAGAACGCCAACACGCACCUGAAGAAGCUGCGGGUGAGCCAGAUCAGCCGGAGGGAGUGCAGCAAGUGGGUCCAGCAACUCCCCAGGGCCACGCUCUGUGCCUGGCAGGAACAGGACACCAAUGGCAACAGCCAGGGGGACAGCGGGGUGCCCAUGGUCUGUGCUGACCACGGAUCCCAGAGGCUCUUCCAGGCGGGCGUCUUCAUCUGGGGCAAGAGCUCUGGCUCCAGGGGAAGGCCUGGCGUGUUUGUGUCUGUGGCUCAGUUCAUUCCAUGGAUCCAGGAGGAGACCCAGAAGGAGGGGCGAGUCUACUCCUUUGUAGGGGCCCCGGGAAGCUCCCUGGCUUGUGCUCCACAGUACCCCUUGGUGCUGGGCGUGGGGUGGCAACUGCUGCUCACUGCCAUGCUCACCGGCGAUAAAUCGAGUCACUGGGCUUGA